AUGUGCAAGAUCAAGAUGUGGGAGCUCGUGCCCUUGCCAAGUGGUCGCAAGGUAAUCAGCAGCAAGUGGGUGCUCAAGGUAAAGGUACUUGACAAGGGUUUCAUAAAACAGUACAAGUCCCGCCUUGUGACAAAACAUUUUCCAGCUUAUGGUGUGGACUUGAAACAUAAUUUUUGCUCUCGUGGCUUUGUUCGCGUCGUUCUGGAUUUUUGA